AUGACAAACUUAACCACCACGUCGAAGAUCCGGCGGGCAUGCGAUCGGUGCCAUACUCAGAAGUUGCGCUGUAUCCGGUCGGAACAUGAGAGGGCCUGUGUUCGAUGUGCUCGCGCCAGCCUCGUCUGCGUCUUCAGUCCGCCAACCCGGCAUCGCACAUCGCCCAGCGAGGCCAAGAGGCUUGGGUGCUCUCAAGCUUUAAAUAGCGCCCUCCAUCCGACGAGGACGGGCUCCCUGUGGUCCCCCGAUUCGUCCACCCUGCUGGAGCUCGACCCGUCCGCAGCGCCUCUUCAUCCGGGGCUGCCAUGCCCGAAGCCGGUGGGGAUGCUCGACCCCUUGCCCGCCGCAACAUGCGACCCUUUUACCCCGGUCGAGGGGUUCAGUUGGGACCAUCUGCUGAACACCUCACCCCCCGUGGCCCUCGGGGAUCUCAUCCCCGGCGAGCUAGCAUUGACGACCACCACCUUUUCUACCUCUACCUCCCCCUUGUCGCCCAGCCAUCCCCUCCAGACCCCGCCGGCCUCACGCAUAGCCCCCCAGCCGCACAGUAGCCCUCCCGAGCCCACUUCCAUUGCAAACCGCACCGAAUGGGUGGCAGAGCUCGCCCGCCUCAACGUCAAGCUGCUCACACACGCCCAGCAGAUUGCGCACCGACAGCCACGAGAAACGCCACGGAGGUCCUCGCCCACCUCGGCCCCUGACCAUGACUUGGAUGAGGACCGACCGACCUUCGCCGUGGAUCAAACCUUCCUGUUGUCUCAGCAGCUCAUCGACCUCCUGAGCCAGCAGGACGCCCCGUCCGCCACGGGGGCACCCGCGCAGAGCCCGCCUCCUGGCCCACCGCAGCUGCCUCGAACUCUGCGCAGCCUGGACCCCGCGUCCAUCCUGCUCGUGCUGUCGUGCCACCUGCGGGUUCUAGAAAGCUAUAGCCAGAUGUUUGCCCACGUUCAAGCAUGGCAGGAGCACGGCGGCGCCUCCCUCGCCGCCACGGGGAUCGGGCUCCCGGCCCUCAACAUCGGCGCCUUCUCCCUGCCUGCCUCCUCCCCGCGGUUGCAGAUCGCCGUCAUUCUGCAGCUCGCGGAGCAAUUGCUCAGUCGGCUGCGCGAGAUGGUCUUGCUCCCGGAUGUGCCGGCACUGGCAGCCACCCGAAGCUUGUGCCAUGAGAUGGGCGCCAGUCACCAUUCGACGGCGAUGCACGAGGUGGUGUCCAUCACUCUCCAGGCCAUCAGUGCGCGGGAGCUAGGGAUGACCAAGACGAUCGCUUGGAUCAAGCGGUCGUUGCAGGAGAGCUAG